CUUUAGAGUCGAAAGCACUUACAAACCAGAAAAGCUCCUGCAACUGACUUGCUAGGUUUUGACCCUGUGCCUGCUUCCACGGAGCGAUAUCCCCACAGAAACCCCACUGACCAGUAGUAAACAGGACCCCGCCCAGCAAGAGGAAGCUGUGGUCAAAAGCUUUACUCCGGAACUCAGCGCCAUUUCCCCGCACCUUGGGCGUGGUUGCCUUCUCUUUCCUGCUCGACCGUGCCUGAGACCUGUGAGGAGAAAAUGCAGCCUUAUCGGAGACCACAGCGGCUCCAAGGCCCCGUGGGCCGCUUGGUAGCUUUCUGCCGUGGCAGGGUCCAGCUGGCCGUCCUGCUGCUCUUCUUGCCGUCAUCUGCUCUGGGCCAGUGCCAAGCCCCAUCAUGGUUUUCAUUUGCCAGCCGUUUAAAUCGAACUGAUGCAUCCGUGUUUCCCAUUGGAACAUCUUUGCUGUAUGAAUGUCGCCCAGGAUAUUUCAGCAGGCAGUUCUCCAUCAUCUGUCAAGAAAACUCAGACUGGACAAGUGCUGAAAAUAUAUGUAAACGCAAACAGUGUCAAACUCCUUCAGAGCUUAUCAAUGGCAAAGUAGAAGUACUCACAGACCUUCGGUUUGGAGCCACUAUUAAUUAUGUUUGUAAUCCGGGAUACCGCCUCAUUGGUUCCUCUUCUGCUACAUGCAUAGCCUCAGAUAAAACUGUCAUUUGGGAUAAUGAACCACCUCUUUGUCAGAUAAUUCCUUGUGAGUCACCCCCAGCCAUUGUCAAUGGAGAUAUCUUUGCUUCUUCAGAAGAUUUUAAUUAUGGAAUAGUGGUUACCUAUCGCUGCAAAACUGAUGAGAGAGGAAAGAAGCUCUUUAACCUGGUGGGUGAGCCAUCCUUACGCUGCACCAGCCAUGAUGGUGAAGUUGGAGUCUGGAGUGGACCUCCUCCUCAGUGCAUUGACGUCAAGAAAUGUACACCUCCUCAUCUUGAAAAUGCAUUCGUGGCACCUGAAAACAGAAGCCUGUUUUCCUUAGGGGAUAUUGUGAAGAUUGAAUGUCAGCCUGGGUUUAUGAUGGAAGGGAAUAGCAGCAGUGUGCAGUGUAGCAAGCUAAACAGAUGGGAGCCAGAGUUACCAACCUGCUUCAAGGUGAAACCUUGUGGUGCUUUCCUGGACCAGCUUCCUAAUGGGCGUGUGCUGUUUCCACUAAAUCUUCAACUUGGGGCCAAAGUGUCCUUUGUUUGUAAUGAAGGGUUUCAAUUAAAAGGCAAAUCUGCUAGUCAUUGUAUUCUGUCUGGAAGGGAAAGUAUUUGGAAUAGCGGUGUUCCUGUGUGUGAAAAAGUGAAGUGUGUCCUUCUACAGAGUGAAAUCCAGAAGGAGUUGAAAGAGAAAGACUAUUACUAUAGAAGUAAUGUUACCUUGGAAUGUCAGGAUGGUUAUACUCUGGAAGGCAAUUCUCAGAGCAUGUGCCAGUCAAAUGCCAGCUGGGGUCCUCCUCUUGGCAAAUGCGUACCUAGCUCAAACAGUGGUCUCAUAACUGGCAUUGUCUUUGGGAUGAUCUUCGCUAUUUUAUUCACCGUUGCUCUCUUUUGGCUGAUUCAGAAGUAUAAAAAACGCAAAACCACAGACGGAAAAUGUAAAGGAGUGAGUAUCCAUUUAAAUCCUCAAGAAGACAACAGCACUCACCCUCAGGCUCUGCUCACAAGUCAGGAGAACAGCAGUUCCAAUAACCCAGCUCGGAAUUCACUCACCCAAGAAGCCUCCUAAAUAGCCAUAUUGCAAAAUGGCAAGUCUCUGUCAAUAUUAAAAUAUAUCUUGUAUUUACAUCUUUUAAAAUAAAUAUUUUAUUUUAAGAGCUA